AUCCCAUCAAUUUCCUUUUCUUAUGAAAAAAGGAGGAAUUAUUUCUAUUUAUGAAACAAAUACAGUAGAUCCAAAUUGGCGCUCCUUUUUUUUUUUUUUACUUUUCUCUUCUCUGCUUUCUCGAAUCGGAAGAACAGAGAGCUCGUAUAUAUACGGUGAACAUGUCGAUUCGAAGACGAACUCUGCUCAAGGUUAUCGUCCUUGGAGAUAGCGGGGUUGGAAAAACAUCGUUGAUGAAUCAAUAUGUGAAUAACAAGUUUAGUCAACAGUACAAAGCCACGAUCGGAGCUGAUUUUGUCACCAAGGAGCUUCAAAUCGAUGACCGGCUCGUCACAUUGCAAAUUUGGGACACUGCUGGGCAAGAGAGGUUCCAGAGUCUUGGUAUUGCAUUCUAUAGAGGUGCAGAUUGCUGUGUGCUUGUUUAUGAUGUCAAUCACCUAAAGUCGUUUGAUUCUCUCGACAAUUGGCACGAAGAGUUUCUUAAGCAGGCUAGCCCACGGGAUCCAACGGCAUUCCCUUUCAUAUUGCUUGGUAACAAGGUUGAUAUUGAUGGAGGAAAUAGCCGAGUGGUAUCUGAGAAGAAAGCAAGAGCAUGGUGUGCUGAAAAGGGAAACAUACUCUAUUUCGAGACAUCGGCUAAAGAAGAUUACAAUGUAGAUGACUCGUUCUUGUGCAACAAACUUGCCCUAGCGAAUGAGCGCGACCAAGAUAUAUAUUUCCAGGGGAUUCCAGAGUCUGAGCCUGAGCAAAGAGGAGGAUGUGCUUGUUGA